AUGGUUUAUAACACACGCCGAAAGUCGCUCUCCCUGCCGUCGUUAGGUAUUCAUUUACCGUCUGCGUCGCGUUCCCACCGCUCGCCAACUACUCCAAAGAAUCCCGCGGCAUCAGAUACGCAACAACCGCCAUCAAAAAAAGUCAAGCGGACACACGACUCAACAUCUCGGUCGCCUUUGUCAGUUCCAUCUGAAUCUCAAUCAAAUCUACUGAAAGACAAAGUCGAUGGCUCCGGUCAAAAGAGCCAGCGAGGCGCUGGUACCUAUGAACACACGCCGCCACCAUCCCCAGGGGAUACAGGCAUUGUUACCAAAAUCGACACAGAUGGCAUCAACGAUGAUAUUGUAGUUGCUGUUAUUGAACAACUGGAAAGGACUGGAAAUAGACCCCAUCUUAUUAAGGAGCUUGCUACUGUCCUUUCAAACACAAAUGAAACAGUUGCGAACUCAGCGAAUGCGGCAGCUCUAUUGUCGUCGCGGUUAAGUCUGUAUUUAAAACGUCCCUGGACGGCGCUUUCGCCUUGCCCGAUCGCAAAGGAGUUAAUUCCAGUGCAUCCGCGCAAAGUCUUCUUUUAUCUAACGACAUCGCCACACCAAACACUUCCAGAGGCUUCUGAUGGUAUACUAACUCCGGCAACGGAAUCGAAACGGAUAACCCCGAGCGUGUCGGACCCAAGUAUCGAUCCUGACGAUGCAGACGAAGAUUUGGCGCGUGAGCGCGCUCGCUUAAGCCCAAGCCCAGAGGUUGAUUUAUCUGCGCCGGAGUUUGAUGAUGAAGAUGGUGUUGAACUAGAUGGACAUUCAGCUCCUGGAGGACCUCACACUUCAUCCCGGAAUUAUGGUGUGAGGGGUAACCUAUCCAAUCUUCAUCGUGUGUCAUACAACCAUCGAUCGAUUUCUCCACCAUUGGAAGGCGAUGAGAAGGAGUUUACUCAGACAGCUAGCUCUGUCCGCGAACGAACUUCCUCCGAAGAGGUGGCGGCGAGAAAACGACAAGACCUUGAGAAGGCCGAUAAGCCACAGGACCAUGCAUCCGACGGACAGAAGGCCUUAAAGAGUAGUGGCGAUGUAGAAAUGGAGGGGUCUUCAAUGUCGCAUCAUGCAUCCAAUAAUCAAGAGAGCGAUUAUGUUGACUACUUUACAUCGCAUAUCCUCCAGAAUCCCGACCAGGACCAGCACCUGGAUGAGGCGGCAGUGACUACUCUGUUUGGUGCAUCUCCGGCACCGUCCGCUUCCUCAGAGCUAUCUAUUUUAUCGUCGGCUACUAGCGCCACAUCACACGCUGAUGCUCAUGCCCACGUACCUCUGGACAAUGAAGCUGUAGCAACUGAAGACAUUUCUGUUGUGUCGCUCAAAGGAGAAAACGACGUCACAGCUACUAUUGGGCGUGGGAUUUCCUCUCCCACCAGAAUAUUCGGAGCUACGACUGGGUUAGUCAAGGGCCUCAAAAGAUCCAUCGCUAUAGUUGAAGGCGAAGACGCAAACUCUGCCCUGGUGGCAGAUGGAAGCGGAAUGGAUGGCGAUACAAUCGAUAUGGUUGAUAAUGCAGUUGCCGUUACCGUUCUAGACAAAUCGACGUCAGCAUUCGACGACACCCUGGAACUAAUUAAACCGGCCAUGUGUCUGGAUACUGAAAUGGGACUGGGGAUGGGAAUGGAUCUAGAGUCGUGGACCGACUUACCCAGCCCAGAAACCGUCGAAGUUGACGAACUCGAUGCAAUAUUUGCGAACGUAUAA